AUGGCAUCGUUUGCAACACCAUUAAAACUUGGAUCAUUACUCCUCAAAAAUCGUGUGAUUAUGGCAGCAUUAACUCGUAAUCGAAAUCUUGUUCCCGGCCCACUUCAAGUAGAGUAUUAUACACAACGAGCUACUGCCGGUCUUAUACUUACAGAAGCUACACUUAUCGAACCAAUUGGUACAGAAUGGAACAAUGCUCCUGGUAUUUACUCAGAUGAACAAGUAGCCGGUUGGAGGAAGAUUGUCGAUAGUGUUCAUGCACAUAAUGGUCAUAUAUUUAUUCAGUUAUGGCAUAUCGGACGAGUAGCUCAUCCACUUCUUCAAAAUGGUCGACCUAAUGUUGCACCAUCAGCAAUAGCUGCUAAAGGUGGUAAAUUUCGACAAUUACCAGGCGCUCCUGGUUACGUUACACCAGUUCCUAUUGAUGAUCCUGAACAUUAUAUUGCUUUGUAUAAACGUGCUGCCGAACGUGCAAAAGAAGCUGGAUUUGAUGGUGUCGAGUUGCAUAGUGCAAAUGGUUAUUUACCAAACCAAUUUAUCGAUAAUACAUCCAAUCAAAGAACAGAUAAAUGGGGUGGGUCAGUAGAGAAUCGAUGUCGAUUUUCGUUACGUAUUAUUGAUGAAAUUUGUGGCGUUUAUGGGAAUGAUCGUGUUGGUAUCAAGUUAUCACCAGGUGGUGGUUAUAAUGAUAUGGGCAUGACUGAAAAAGACACUGUUGAAACUUAUGGAUAUCUUAUUAAAGAACUGACUUCUAGACGCAUUGCUUACAUACAAUUAGCACGCUAUUGGUCUUUAGGAGAUCCAACAAAGCGUGGAACUGAUGUUGAUAUAUUCCAGUGGAGAAACUUAAUUGAUUCGGAACAUACAAAACUUUUUGUUAAUACUGACUAUGAUAGUGAACAAGGUGCAAAAACGUUAAAAGAUGGUUUAGCUGAUGCAAUCGUAUUUGGGCGAUUCUACAUUACAAAUCCUGAUUUAGCACAGCGCUUAAUUAACAAGCAAGAAUUAAAUACAAAUUAUAAUUUUAAAACAUUCUAUGACGGUGAUCAUACUGGAUAUACUGAUUAUCCAACCUAUGAACAAGAACAUGUCGUGCCUGCUUAG